CAGCAGGCUCUGGUCUCAUACGACAGCUCUUGUGAAACACUCGGCCAUUGGCUGCGUGAAACUGAGGCUGAGGUGAAGGACCAAGAGCUGAAGUCGUCUCUUGAUGAUAAGAUUAACCAAGUGGAACAUCUCAAGCGUAUACAACAACAGAUUCUCGACAACCAAGCCAAUUUGAUGAGCUGCAGUCAAUGGCUUCCCAAGUACAGGGUACUGACCCACGACAACUCAACUACAGCACGCAACUUGCAACCAAAUACGAGGGACUUAAAACCAGAAUUAAGGAUGCCAUUUGUAAAUGUCAAGACAUGGCUGACGAGCACCAGGGUUACCAGACCAACUACUCCCAGGCCAUGGACUGGGUAUCCACUCUGAGGAAGAGACUUCAGGUGUGUGCUGACCUGGUCGGGGACAGGCAGGACGUGGAAGACAGACUCGCCAAGCUGCAGGAGCUGGCGGCGGAGAAAGAUGAUGGCCGACACAGCAUUAUGCAGACCAUCGACAUGGGAGAGAAACUCUACCCCAGCACCGCAUCCGAGGGCAGGGACGCAAUCAGGCAGGAUCUUAGAAACCUGCGUGAACAGUGGGAGUCUCUGUGUGACGAGGUGGCCUUGACCCAGAGGAAACUCGAGUCCACCAUGAUGGAGUGGGCGGCCUACGAUGAGAACUUUGAGCAGUUCCAGAAGUGGCUCCUCGAUGUGGAGGUCAAACUGAAGGAAGACGCAGAACUCAAGACAACACUGCCAGACAAGAAAGCCCAGCUACAGAAUCAUAAGGUUCUCCAUCAAGACAUUUUAUCUCGACAACACAUCAUUCAAAGCUUGUCGGAGAAAGCACAGAACUUAACCCAGUCAUCUCCAGCAGCAAAAGUGCAGAAAUUUGUCAAUGAACUCAAUAAUAAAUACGAGAAAUUGUGCAAGUCCUCAAAGAAAAUCCUUGGGAAGUUUGAGACGGCGGUCAAGGACCACCAACAGUACCAGGAUGCUUGUCAUGACUUCCAAGACUGGCUGAAUCUGUCCCGAGAGAAACUAGAGUCGUGUACCGACAGAUCGGGCGAUAAACUUUCACUCCAGAGCAAGAAGGAAAGAUUAAAGGAUUUCACCAACAGUAUUUCUGUUGGAGAAACCAAACUGUCGAACACCAAAGAGCUGUGUAACAAGACAUUUAAGAACACGUCUCCGUCAGGUUGCGACAUCCUGCGCCGUGAACUCGAGCACCUGCAGCGAGAGUGGGAUGAUUACCGCGGGCUGAUGAGUCAGGCGGAGAUGUCACUCGACCAGGCCAUGGUGCAGUGGGCCGAGUUCGAAACCAAGUUCGACACGUGUGCCGACUGGCUGAAGGAAAUGGAGCAGCAGGUUAAGAGUUACGAACUCAAGUCCACUCUUAAGGAGAAAGAGACGCAAGUGGAUAAGUUUAAGAAACAACGAGAAGAAAUCCUGUCCCAUCAACCUGAGAUUGACCGUUUUAUGGACGAUGCUCAGAAUUUGAUGCACACGAGUUCUGAUGUGCGUCUCAGCACCCAGGUGUCUCAGCUGACAAACCGAUACCAGGCGCUUCUAUCUCUCGUUAAGGACUUAAUAAACAAGUGGGAGAAGUACGUACAUGAACACAAUACCUAUGACAAUCGUUUGAGCGAAUUCAACCAGUGGCUGCACCUAGCGAACCAGCGUCUGGAAACCUGCCAACAACCGGUGGGCGACCAGGAGUCUGUGGAGGAAAAACGAGCUCUCAUCCAAAUCUUGUUCUCUGAGAAAGAACACGGUUUACAGAAACUCAACUUGACAAUCGAGGCUGGCGAGAAGCUCUAUCCCGACACCGCAGCUCUGGGGCGGGAGAAAGUGCGCCAGGACAUCCGAUCUUGCAAGGAGAGCUGGGAACGUCUGUUCACUGGGUUGAACGAUGCACAGAGAAAGGUUGAUGCGUUCCUCCUGCAGUGGUCGUCGUAUGCCGAUGGACAGGAUCAGCUGAUGCGAUGGCUUGGUGAGACAGAAGCAGCAUUAAGGUCAGAUGUUGAGGUGAAGAACACGCUGCAAGAAAAACGACUUCAGCUGCAGACACACAGGUCUCUGCUACAAGACAUCCACUCUCACCAGCGCUUGAUCGACUCGGUGGUUGAGAAGGCCCAGGGUGUUCUACAAACCACUGCCAAUGCCGACGUCGCGUCCUUCAUAACCAGUGUCAACUCGAGAUACGAAAAACUCACCAUGGAUGCCAAAGCCCUGAUCAGCAAGUCUGAGCAGCACGUGUUGUUCCACCAGCAGUACCAGGACGCCCUGCACGCGGCGGUCGAUUGGAUGACUCAGAUGAAGGACAAACAGACCAUGUGUGCUGACACGUCUGGAGACAGACAGACCAUACAGAACAAACUCGAUAGACUUCACGAGCUGAACACAUCUCUACCCGAUGGCAUGAGUAAGAUCAAAGAGUGUGAGGAAAAUGCUGAAGCGACGAUGAACACGACCGCACUGAAGGGUCGCCAGUCUAUCCAGCAGGAGGUGGAUGUCCUGCACCUCGACUGGGAGGACUACACCCAGAAACUGAACUCCCUGAAGGACAACCUUGAGCAGGCACUGCACUACUGGAUCAUCUACGAGGAGAACUACGACAAGGUGGCUGGCUGGAUCAAGGACAUGGAGAAGAAGGUCAAGGAAGUGCCACUAAAAUCAACCCUGGAGGAAAAACGCGAACAGCUCACAUGGUAUCAGGCACUGUAUGAGGAGAUAGUGCACCAGGACAUCAUGAUUAGUGAAGUUGAUGAUUUUCACCAAGAUCUUCGAAAUCGCCAGCAUGACAUAGAUAAAUUCACUGACGAAGCUCAGACUUUACAGCAGUUGACUGGGGAGGCACGUGUCGGCAAUUUUGCAUCCCAGCUAGCAGCACGAUACCAGACUUUGCUUACAGCUGCUAAGAGCAACAUAAAGAAAUGUGAGCAGAAUGUGGAAGACCACAAGCUGUUCAAGGAGAAGUUCAACAACUGUUCUCAAUGGCUGGCUAAGGCUAAAGCGAAGUUCGCUGAAUGUUCCGAUGCGAGUGGGUCCCGAGCUGAACUGGAGGAAAGGUUGGAGAAAGCUCAGGAUCUUCUUCGCGAUCGUGAUGCGGGCUUCGCUAAGCUAAGCCAAGUUGUUGAGGCAGGAGAGAAGCUGUACCCUAACUCUGCGCCAGAAGGCAGAGAGAGCACCAGACAGGACCUGCGCAAGCUGAAGCUGGACUGGGAGUCUCUGUUUGAUGACCUCUCUGCCGUCCAGCGCAGGCUAGAGGUGUCUCUCGUGCAGUGGACGUCAUUUGAUGACAGCUACAGCCAGGUGGAGAACUGGCUCAGAGAGAUGGAGACUCAGCUGGAGGGGACCACUCCGCUCAGGUCCACGCUGGAGGAGAAGAAAUCACAACUACACAACUAUAAGGCUCUGCACCAGGAUGUGUUGUCAUACCAGCGAGUGAUAGACAGCAUCAGUGACAAGGCUCAGUCUCUUGUUCAGAGCAGCAACAACCCGGAACUGUCGCGCUUCAUCUCCGGGACUGGCACUCGCUAUCAGAAACUCUGCAUUGCUGCUAAGGACCGUGUGCAGCAGUACGAGGUGUUUGUGGCUGACCACCAACAGUACAACGAUGCAUACAACUCCUGCGUUGACUGGCUCAACAGCAUCCGUGAGAAACUCUCCGUCUGCUCGGACGUGUCUGGAGACCGACACGCCAUUCAGAGUAGACUGGACAAAAUCCAGCGUCGUUGUGAUAUACUUGCAACCAGAAUGGAGGGCGAGCCUAAGGUUAAAAAUGUUGUGGUGCUGGCAGAGAAGGUGUUGCCGCACACGGCUCCACAAGGGAAAGAAAUAAUCGUCCGUGAGACUGAUGCUCUGCGUGCUGACUGGGAGGCAUUCAUCUCAGCCCUGGCUAAGACAAAGAGUGACCUGGAGAGCUGCAUGAUUCAGUGGAAGGAGUUUGAGACCUGGCAGGAGAAGUGCGCCGACUGGCUCAAGGAAUCUGAGAACAAAAUCCGCAGCACAGACCUCAAGUCUACACUGCAAGAAAAACAGUCACAGCUCGAAAGAUUAAAGGCUCUGCAGACAGACGUUGGAAACCAUCAAGGUGACCUUGACUCACUGAGUGAUGCAGCCCAAGACUUGGUGCAGCUCAGCACAGACACGAGAGUUGUCAGUCAGGUUUCCCAGCUGUCCACCAAAUACCAGAUGAUCAACGUGAACAUCAAGGAGCUGUGUCGCCGCUGGGAGCAGUAUGUUCUGGACCACGAGUCGUACAUCACUUCUUUUGACCAGUGCAGGACAUGGCUGAGAGACAUGAAGGACAAGGUUUCCGCGGUGAUGGACGUAAGCGGUGACAAGGGUACAAUACAGGACAGACUGAAGCGAGUCCAGGAGCUGAUGUCUGAGAAGGAGGAAGGACUCCACAUGCUCCAGAUUGCCCUGGACAACCUGCAGGUUGUGUUGCCCAACACGUCGGUGGGCGGCCGUGACAGCAUGCGGCGCGAGAUGCAGGCCAUGCAGCAGGACUAUGACGGUCUGUCCGGGGACCUCAAUGAGGUCAAACUCAAGCUGGACGGCUGUCUGGCGCAGUGGACAGUGUACGACGACAGCGUCCAGCAGCUACAGCGCUGGCUCCACGACCUCGAGACACAAGUCCAGACCGACUCACAGCUGCAGAACACACUGCAGGAGAAGAAAUUACAGCUUGACAGGGUCAAGGUGUUACAGCUGAACAUCAAUUCUCAACAAAGCACCAUUGACAGCAUGAAUGACAAAGCUCAGAGUUUGAAACAAACCAGCAAGGAUACAAGUCUGAGCAACCAGAUUACGGAGAUUAUUUCCAGAUAUGAAAAGCUUGGAGCUAAAACAAAAGAGCUGCUUCAGAACUGUGACACGAACCUGAGGAACCACCAGCUGUAUCGCGACAGCUACGUCGACAUGACGGACUGGCUCGCCGCGGCCAUGGAUCGGCUCAGCAUGUGCAGUGACAUCCGCGGAGACCGACAUGCUAUCGAGGCCCUGCAGCACAAAGUACAGGAAAUUGUUAACACUGUGGACACUGGGAAGCAGAAAAUGGAAACAGUUAGAACUAAAGGUGAAAGCAUCCUUCCACAGACGUCCAGCCAUGGCCAGGAGCUGAUUAAAGAGGAACUCACCAUGCUGGCUAAUGACUUUGCAGGGUUUGAGUCUAAUCUGGCUGACCUUGUCAGUACACUAGAGAACCUGCAUGACCAGUGGCAGCGUUACGAGGUGUACUACGAGGAGCUGAGUCAGUGGAUCAAGGACAUGGAGGCCAGCAUGAAGGCCGACUCGGAGCUCAAGUCCACCGUGGAGCACAAGACCAUCCAGCUGGAGAAACAGAAGAAUGUCCAUGAGGAAAUCAUUGAGCAGCAGACAGCGUUUGACAACCUGGCUGAGCAGGCCCAGAUUCUGAUGCAGUCAUCUAAAGACAGCCGAGUGUCUACACAGCUCACACAGAUGGGCUCUCGAUACACCACACUCAUGACUCUCUCCAAGGAUCUGAUGAAGCGUUAUGAACAGCACUGUCAGGACCACCAGCAGUACAGCGAGGUGUACAAUGAGGCCAUAUCCUGGCUCCAGGCCACCCGUGACAAGCUGUCUGUGUGUGCCGACACCUCGGGUGACCGCUACACCAUACAGACACAACUUGAGAAGUUACAGGAGUUCAAUGUGAUGAAGGAGGAAGGUCAGGUUUUGAUCCACACUGCCAACACGUGGGGAGAGAAGACGAUGAUGAACUCGUCUGUGACUGGGCGCGAGAUGAUUCGGGAGGAGCUCCAGCAGCUACAGACGGACUGGGAUGAGCUCGUUUCCGAGGUGACGGACACCAAGGUGCUGCUGGAGUCAUGUCUGCUGCAGUGGACCGAGUUCAGCGACAGCCACUCCAACGUACAGAAGUGGCUCAAAGAAAUGGAGAAGAAACUCCGAGAAACGUCACCCAAAGCAGACCUCAGUGAGAAGAAAGGAGAGCUGCAGAGAAUAAAGGUGAUAUAUCAGGAUAUCGUGUCCUAUGAGCAGAUGGUGGAGUCGAUGACUGUAAAAGCUCAUCAUUUGGCUGAGAAAAGUCCCGCAAGUCACACUACUACCGACACAUCUCAGAUAGCUGGUAGAUACCACACUGUCAAGGAACAGGCUAAGGAACUUCUUGCAAAGAAUGAGCAGUAUGUUGCAAACCACCAGGACUUCUUGGACAACUGCAACCAGUUCAUCAUGUGGCUGCGUACCGCCAUUGAAAAAUUGGCAACCUGUUCAGACACGUAUGGAGAGAAAUCUGCCAUCGAGGGAAAAAUAGAAAGAGUUCAGGCUCUGGUACAGAACUUAACCGAAGGAACCCAACGACUUUCUCUUGCAACCAAAUCAGGGGAAGCUACUCUACCCAGCACAUCACCAAAAGGACAGACAAAGAUCCGCCAUGAGCUUCAGACAAUGCACAAAGACUUUGAUGAAUUCCGUGGUCAACUUGUUAAGGCUCAGUCUGACUUGGAAGUGUGUCUGUCACGAUGGGAGGAGUUUGAAGCAAGUUUCCAGGAAUUUAACCAGUGGCUGAAAGACACUGAAAACAUGAUGAGGUCAGAGUUUGACCAAAAGGGCACAGUGGAUGAGAAGAAACACCAGUGGGAACAAUAUCAGCAUCGUCUUGAUGACAUUUUGUCUCACCAAUCAUCCCUGGACUGUGUCAGUGAAAAGGGACAAGCUCUCCUGGAGACCAAUGCUGAUGCAAGGAUUUCACAUUCCAUCACUCAGAUUACCACCCGCUAUCAGGCAGUCAUCGCUCAUUCAAAGGACCUAGUCAAUAGUCUAGAAGCAUCAUACAAGAAUCAUGCAUCAUACCGACAGAACAAGUCACAGUUUGGAGACUGGCUGGUAGAAAUCAAACGCAAGCUUCAAGAAGUUGAAGAUGACCGUGGCACCAAAGAUAGCAUUGGAGAGAAACUAGACCACAUUGAUCAAAUGCAGGACUUUAUGGAUUAUGGACAUAACCUUCUACGAGCUUUGCUGGAAAGUUCUGAAAAAACUCAACCCUCAACCAAUCAAAAAGGCUGUCACAUUAUCCGACAAGAAACGGACACUGCCAAGAGUGAAUAUGAGGACAUACUCACCAAGAUGUCACAGGCCAGACGCAACCUGGAGAAUGCCCUGACUCACUGGAGUGAGUUUGACCGGCUCUACUCACAACUCGAGAGAUGGCUCACCGACUUGGAAACCAAACUGAGGAUGGAUCAGGAUUACAAAGCAGACCUUCCAGAAAAGAGAUCUAAUCUGGAGAAAUUUAAGGCCAUUGAAAGUGAUAUUAUGGGUCACCAGGAUAUCUUGGAUAAACUGCGCGAAAAAGCUGAUUUGGUCAAAGACUCUGCACCAGGAAGUAAUUUGGCAGGGUUGUUGUCAAGGUUUCAGAAUGUAGCAGCAAUAAGCAGGGAAGCCAUGGGAAAGGCCGAGGAGCAGGUGAUGUCCCAUGAAGAAUACCGUAAAGCAUACAUCGGCUGUCUAGACUGGCUGGCAAAUACCAAACAUCGACUGCAGCGACUGAGUGACUACUCGGGUGACAAGAGAACACUCCAGGACAGACUGCAGCAACUCAGGGACUUCAAGUCAGAUCUACAUACCGGUCAGGAUAUGGUGAAUCGUGUUGCAUCUCUGGGUGAUCGACUCUGCCAGACUACAGCGCCUCGAGGACAGGACAUCAUCCGUCGCGAGGUCCAGUCACUGCGGGAAGACUGGGGAGCUUUCUCAACCGCCGUCACCGAUGUAGAGAACAACCUGGAGUCCUGCAUCUCCAACUGGCUGGAGCUGGACGAUGACCACACCAUCUUGUUGACCUGGUUGACCAAGAUGGAGAAUGAUGUCAAAGGUUUGUCCGAGCCCCGAGCGAACCAGGCACUGAAGAUGAGACAAUACAAAGAAGGAGAGGAUCUGUAUGAUGACAUUAUUGCCAAGAAAGGAGCUCUGGACAAAGUCCGAGAGAAGGGCGACUCCAUCGCACAACGCAGCAGUGAUCCUCGACUGUCCAACAGCAUGAUGCAGCUGUCAACCAAGUACCAGUCACUCUGCUCUUCAGCAAAGAGUAUGUUGCAAAGACUGCGAGAUAAUCUCCAUGACCAGCAGUUGUACGAUGACUCUCUGAAUGCAGCAGCCAAAUGGCUGUCCCAGACACAGGAGCGAGUUAGAGUGUGCUCCGACACAUCCGGGGACUGGCAUUCCAUACAAGACAGAAUAGAAGACAUUAAAGACGUGACAUCCAGCAUGGAUGAGGGCCUCCAGAAGGUGAACUUUGUGUGUGACAUGGCCGAGAAGAUCCUGCCCAACACGUCGAAGGAGGGCAAGAAGCUGAUCGAGGAGCAGGUCACGGACCUGACCAAUGACUGGGAGAAGCUGAACGACCUCAUCCACGAGGGCUCCAACAUGCUAGAGGGUGUGCAGCAGCGCUGGCACGAGUAUGAGGAGUACUAUGGCAGCAUCGUCAAGUGGCUGGCCGACAUGGAGAACAUACUGAGGCAGGAGCCCGAGGCGAAGACUACACUGGCGGAAAAGAAAACACUGCAGGAUAAGUAUAAGUUGAUUCUACAAGACAUUGACACCCACCAUCGCCUUGUAAACGAGCUGGCUGACCGAGUGGCUAACCUUGAAGCUCUGUGUAGCAACCCGGAGGUGUCGGCCUCACUUGCUGACAUUGAGAACAGAUAUGAAGCUGUCAGAACCAAGGCUCGGCAAAUGGUGGACACCACCCAGAAUGCCUAUGAAGAUCACCUUGAGUUCCACGAAGCUCAGCAGGAAGCAGAGAAGUGGCUGCUGCAGAUGUCAUACCGUCUGAUGUCUCACAACUCACUCAAUGUCAGCUCCCUCGAGAUGACCCAGAGACAGAUUGACAAACACAGAGUUUUGUUGCGUGAGAUUGAGGACUACCGACACACCCUGGACCAGGUGAACCGGAAAGGUCAGCAGCUGAUUGCAUCCAAUCGGUUUGUGCCACAACUCGCCCAGCAGAUCCAGUCACAGAUACAGAAUCUCGAAGAGAGCUACUCCAAUCUCGAACUCACAGCUCGACAAAUUAGGGAUCGUCUGAAUGACGUGUUUCAGAAGUGGCAGCAGUACAAGGACUUGCUGGACACAGCAAUGAACUUCCUCCAGGACGACCUACCGUCCUGGCUGCAGGACAAUGAAGCAGACGUCCCCGACACACUGGAAGAAGCCCAGUCACAAAGGGAGAGCACUCAGUCAAUGCUGGACAAGCUGACCCAGAUGAAGCAGGAGCUGACCAACUCGUCUGUGCGCUGUGAGAACCUCGGCAGCAUGGACAGUCUCGACCAGACGGAGGCUGCACUCACUGACUCCAUCGCACAGCUAGCAGACAAGGUCAACGGAAUGAUCCACGAGGCCAUCAACCAGGUUGAGAAGCGACUUGAUCGGCUGCGUGAUAUAAUCCGACAGUGGGACAGUGUUGACCGACAGCGCACCGACCUCCGACACUGGCUGCACAGCAAACAGGAAGAGGUUAAUGACCUUGAACAGCGACCGUCCAAACUGCACGCGGAGGCUGCAGAACUUGACAUUGAGAAACUUAAGGCAUUGCGUGACGAGAUCCAGGCUCGCGGUCCGGCCAUCAAAGAGCUUCUUGCUCAGUACCACGCUCUGACCGAACACAACCCGUCUCUUGUGGACCCGGUUGUGCGCGCCCUCCAGGAUGACUGGGAGGAGGUGCUCGGUGAGUUGGACAUCCUCAUUGACCGUCGUCGCCAGGAGAUGGUGUCUGCAUGCGACCUGCAGCUGCAGCAGGAAACCAUGGAUGAAGACCUGGAGAACUACGUGAGGGAACUGGAACGCAUCGACCAGUCAGAAUCAUCAGUGCAGAACAAGAGCAUGCUGAUGAAGAAACUUUCUGAGGAUGUGGCUGCUAGACAUGAAGAGGUUGACGAGAUUCGAACCAAGGUCAAUGAAAUGGCCUCUAAGAUCAGUCCUCAAGAUGCUGAAUUGGUUGAGGACCGCAUCAGUGGUCAAGAGUAUGACAUUGUAACGGAGGAGCGUAAGUAUGCCGACCUGCUGGCGAGUGUUGAGAGGAAGCAGAAGCUGUACAACGUGAUGGACGGUAACCUGGAUGAGAUCCGGGAGGAGGCCGAGAAGUACCUCGCCUGGCUCACACAGCAGGAGGAGAAGGUCAGGGAGAAGGUCGACGUCGGAUACCAGGUGAAGGAGGCAGAGGCAGCUCUUGAGAAAGCAAAGGACCUGUAUGUGGAGCUGGAUCACCGCCAGGUCACACUGGACAGUGUGGCCAAGAAAGCGAAAAUACUGAUAGAGGAUCUUCCUGUCAAAGAACGAGAUGACGUUGAGCAUCUUAUUGCAACUGUGCAGAGGGAGCACGACAAGGUGUACAGCCUAGUCCAGCAGAAGUGUGACAUGUGUGAACAGGCUGUCUUGGAAAGGGUUGAGUUCCAGUCUAGUCUGGAGAAAGAGAACGGCUGGCUGCAAGAAAAGGAGAGACUGGCGGAAAAGAACGACAGCAUACGACUACUUGCUGUUGAUGUAGACAAACAGACAGAGAAAUGCAAGAACUUGUCAAAGGAAGUACAAAGUCACAUGACCCAUCUGGAGCCAAUCAAAGACAAGGCAGACAGUUUGAAAACUGAAUGUAGUGAGGAAACUGCUGCAGAGUUGGAUCAUAAGCUGGAUGAUAUCUCCCGAAGAUAUGAGAAUCUUCUCCAGAGACUUAAGUAUCAGUAUGAUCACUUGCGUGACUGUUCCGCAGCAAGAAAACAGUUUGAAACAGAUUCGCAGAAAAUAGACCGAUGGUGUAUGGAGACAGACAUCAAAUGUUCAGGGGAGUUAACUCUAGAUUGUGCAAUAGAAAUAUUACAAGAACAAGUUGAACAGUACAAGAAUUUGGAUAACAGCAGCCACAUGUUUGACUCACUGGUGUCUCAGACAAUCCAGCUGGGCGAGGGGUUCAAACCGGAGCUGUAUGACACAGAUCUGCCGGUACUGGAGCAGCAGUUAGAUGCACUGAGAGACAAACACCAGAGAGCAUCUAGCCAGGUGUCUGACAGACUGACAGUGUUGGAAACCACUCUGAAGAUACAGUCCCAGACUCAGUCGAGUAUCGAGGAAACCGCACGCUGGCUGACGGACACUCAGGAUCAGCUGCGAGAAGCCAGUGUCUCCAUCGGACCAAGUGUCAGUGAUGCUGAACACGUAGUGGCAAGAUAUGAGGCAAUAGAAGAGAAGAUAGCUGAAUACCAGUCUACUGUAGCAUCACUGAACCAGUCCGUUGAGCCUUUGAGAUCAGCAGGUCACGUGAGCAGUGCCGAUGAAAUUCUCCACCUGACAUCACAGUACGAACUGCUGAUAGACCAGGUGACUCAGCAACUGAACCGAUGCCGUCUGGCGGUGGUUGCCCGGCAACAGUUCCACACCCAGCUGGAGGAGAUGGAGAAUACCGUGCUGGACUGUGAAAAUCAGAUCGAGUCUGUCACGGAUCUCGGGGUGUCCAUACCGGCCCGCAUUGAGAAAUACACGACUGUUCUGGGAAAGCUUGAAGACCUAGAACAUGGACUGUUUGUAACCGAAGACCGAGCUCAGCAGAUUGGUAAGGAGGGAACAGAACAUGAUGCUGCCGCCAUCGCAGACCGACUAAAAAAACUGAGGUCAAAGGUCGACGAGCUGACCAAGACAGCUACAGAGAAGAGUGAAAACUGCAAGAAGAUUCAACAAGAACGAGAAGACUUCGACUCGUCUGUGGAGCAGACGCUUUCGUGGCUGGAGCAGAAGGAGAAUGCUUUAGCUUCAUGUGAAACUCUCGACUUGGACUCCACCAAAGUGAAACCCGUCCUUAUACGACAUCAGGAUAUGACGCAGCAAGCAUUGGAUAGCUUAAACUCUGUUAAAACGAAAGCUCAGUUUGAAGUUGAACACUACCAGAAACUGCAGGAACCUAUUCCUCCAGAGGUGUCUGCCAAACUCGUACAAAUAGAAACACUGGAGGAGUCGAUAAGGGAGGCGACUCAGAAGAAGGAGCAGUAUCUGGUGGAGGCCCAGGCUGAUCGAGAGUUGUAUGAGAACUCCAUCCAUCAAGUGACCUCAUGGCUGAAAGGGGCGGAGGAGUUACUUGACUCGGGAUAUGAUGGUCUCGAUUAUGACACACUUGACCAGACACUCAGUGAAUACACUGACUAUUUCUCCGAGGCAAGCCUGUGUCAGGAUGAGAUGGACCAGGUGAUGGAGCUGUCCGAGCGUCUCCUGCUCACCCUUGACCCCAACGACAAGGAAACUCUGCAGCAGUCUCUACACAAGGUCAGCAACAAACUGGCUGCUGUUCAGACCGCAUCGCAGAAAAAACAGGAGCAGCUCGAGGAGAAGACGUCAGAGUGGAGAGAGUUUCUGGAGUCUCAUGAAGAACUGAAUGGUAUUCUACAGUGUCUUGAAGAAGAGUGGACCGAGCUGGAGAAGGGACCACUGACCAGUCCAGCAGAAAUACAACAAGCUUUUCAACUGACAAAGGAAUUCUGUGGUAAACUGGAGGCCAAUCGACCUUCUGUUGAUGAACAGAAUGAGCGAGCGAGGUCACUGGACAGAGUGGCUUCUUCCAACAGUCGGUCAGUGAUAGACAAAUUAAUGACAUCUAUUAACAACCGCUGGGACUCCCUCACAAACGAGUGUGAGACAAGGCAGACAACUCUAGAGGACAUGGGAGGGCAGUGGCAAGACUUCAACUCCAUGCUACAGUCAGCGGGAGAAGUGCUGCGACUGAGCCAGGACAAACUGGAGGUGGUCAACCUACAGACUGUCGACAGUGCACAGCUCGUUACACAGAUACACCAGAUUGAAGAAGUUUUAGCUGAUUUGGAGUUGGUGGAUUCCAAGCUGGACAUCAUGAAGAAAUCAUCAUUCACCCUCCAGCGAUCUUUGCCAACAGCUGAGGCCAAGGUUCAGUCCCAGGAACAGUUCAUGGUGUUAAUGGAGAAAUUUGAAAGAUUCCGUGAUGAGGUCAAGGAGCAGGAGCAAGUUCUACAGGAGGAGAUUGAUGACCGCGGAUCGUUCCUGGAGGAAGUCACUCAGAGCAUCAACUGGCUCACAGAGAGUCGGACGGAACUGAACAACCUGAAAGCAGACAACGACCAGACAGACCUCAAGCAGAUAGAGAAACAUAAGAUGCUAGAGCAAGACAUUUCCGUCCGAAUGGAACAGAUGCGACGUCUGGUUCAAACACAAGAAGCCAAAUACAGUUCCCAGGGGAGAGAACUCCCACAGGAGCUGCAGAUCGAGCUGGAGAGGAUGAAGGAGCUGCAGGCGGACGUGUUGAUGAUCCUCCGAGUGAAGGAGGAGGAGCUGACUUACAUCAACGAGGACCGCAGACAGUACAUGGCCACACUGCAGGCCGUCACAACGUGGCUCACACAGGCAGAUGCUGGUCUGCAGGAACACAUCGUCAGCAUCCCUCACAGUCAGGAGAAACAGCAGGCUCUGCUGAGUGAAUUUGAGGACUUUAAGCAGCAGUUGGACAAACUGCGCACCAAGGGAGGUGAAAUUAUUCGACACUGUCAUGACUCAGACGAGAAGCAGGGAAUUCAGAAGACUCUCGCCGAUGUGAAUCGACAGUGGCUGUCGCUGCAGGCCGCCACUGCGGAGCGAACCCGGCGGCUCAAUGAGGCAGUGGAGUUGUCUCUCUCUGUCAAAGAAGCCACUCACAAUCUUGACACAUGGGCUGAACAGACUGAGUCUCUCAUACAGGCAGAACUCACGGGUGCUGAUUUUAAUAGCGUGAAGGAAGAGUUAAAGACAUUUAAGAAAGUAUCGCGUGAGGUGGAACAAACCAAGGACAGACUGACCAACCUGAAUGUGACUGUGAAGCAACUGAGUCAGCUGUGUGAUGCCUCGGACGCCACAGACAGACUGGACACAAUGAACCGACGUCUGGCCAGCAUCGAGAACCAGACAGAGAACAAGAUGCAGAUGCUGGAGGAAAGGAGCUCUCGCAUGGAGGGGUACGAAAAGGAGAUCUCCGAUCUGAUGAGAUGGCUGGAGCAGACACGAAUCCACCUCAGUAUGAGAGACACGACAAGGAGUUUAAAGGAGCAGUUGGUUACCAAUGAGAAACUCCUGCAGAAUGUCAAAGACAACAAAACCCGGGCCCAGAUGGUUCUGCAGAAACACGCAGAGCUUCAGAACAUCUCGGGUGACACGACAACAUCGCAGGCGUCGCGCGUCAUGACAGAGAUGUUGAACCUGGAGCAGGCUGCAUCUGAGACGUGCGACACACUCCGUGAUGCGAUCGAGGAACAGGAGAAGUACGAGGAGGAGAUACAGCAGCUGAACGCCACCAUUGCUGAUGCACAGGAGAAGCUGUUGGCGUCGCCGGUGAUGGCCACGAGUGUGGAGGCACUCAAGAAGCAGAUAGCUGAACAUGAUAAUUUAGCUUCACAAAUAAAGAACUACCAAAUGCGAGUCAAUGAAAUAAAUGAGAAAAGCCGAGAACUUUCCGAGAAAAGCUUGCAGCGAAGUCCAACUCUAGUCCGUAAACGUUUUAUGUUGAGUGCAACAUAUGGAACAGACUUCCAAGGCAACUACACGGGUCGGGAGCCACCGAUCUGGGCACAGCAUCAAAAUGGCUACGACAGUUUUACUACAGAUAGUGGAUUACACAUAUCUUCUAGCAUGUCUUCGAACACUGGGGCAAUGAGACCUGGGUUUUCGUGGUCAUCGUUCUCCGAACAGUCGGACAGUAGCACGAUUAGAAAAACAAAGUCUCAGUCAUUUAGAUCUAGUGGAAAUAUAGAUGACUUCAGUGGGGGAGAGUACUCGCGGAGCAAAGAAAGUUUGUUAUCGAAUAGAUCCGACAAUCUAGAGCACACACUGCCAAGGACUGGACGUGAUGUUCCAGGACAAAUGGCUUCUUCUGGAUACUACGGUUCUGAUUCUAAACUGAGUUCAAAACAGAGACAGGAGCGGUAUGGAGGAGACUCUCCUUUCCGUCCAAUCAAGUCUGAUGUUGAUGGUGAGAAGUAUUCUUCCAGGAAACAGAGACAUGAACCUCAGAGCCUAUCUCCUGAUACAUCAUCACACACAACGGGAAGGUCACAUUCUCCGAAAUUCAGUGUUUCCCAGGAUUCUAUUCGGCUAGCGUCUGAAUCUCCUGAAGACCGCAGAUAUUAUAGUCCUCCACACAUGCGAUCUCUUUCACCCAUGUCGUUUCGUGACAAAGCGGCUGUCCGGCAUGGUGUGGGGGCAUCACAUGGUCAGCUGGACAAGCACUUGGGUGAUGCAGCAGAGCAGAGAGAGCGAAGUGCAUCGUUUGGGACGAGGGUGAGCACCGUGGGUCGGCCGCUGGGUCAGACAGGACAGGUGGUGGAGCUGAACAUGUCUCUCAGCUCACUACAACAACAGGCAGCAGUGAAGGAGAAGGAGCUGCAGACAGCGUUACAGAAACAGGAGCGCUACCAGCACUCGGUGCAGGACAUCACCGCCAAGAUGGAGCAGGUCCACCAGCGACUCACACAGCAGCCACUACUCGGACUGGCCGACAACUUCGAGCAGGAGAUGCAAGACUACAAGGAAAGUCUUCAAGAACUGGAGGGUAUCAAGGAGGACAUUGCCAAGGUCAAGGAGAGAGGUCGUCAGCUGAUGGAGCAGUCAGACCCCGAGGGAUACCAGGCAAUGCAGGCCACACUGACUAUGAUGACUGACCGCUUGGACAAUCUGCAGACCAUCGCAGAUGAUAAGGGAAAACAACUCCAGGAUGCUGCAAGACAAAAGGAGAAGCACAACAUUCACCUCCAGGCCUACAAGAAGAGGGUGUCUGAGCUGGAGUCUUGGAUGGACGAGAUGAAAGUUAGACAUGCAACCAGCGGACUCACCACGGAGGGCCCAGAAGCUCUUCAGCAGCAGUUGCAGGACAAUAGAGAACUGCAGGAUGAGAUCAACAAGCGCCAACAGCUCAUCCACGACCUGGCUCUCCAGUGUGACAAUGUUUGUGAAUCGGAGUCUCCCGCCACUGCGGAGAAACUGAGGAAUCAGCUGGCCAGCAUUCAGAACCAGCUGGGAGAGUUCAAACUGGCGGCCAUUGACAAGCAGAGUCAGCUGAGGAGCACGAUGAAGGAGUCUGAGAAACGCCACAGAGAGAUGGAGGACUACGAGUCUAACGUGGCCAAGUUACAGCAGUGGAUCACAGACACCAAGCAGAUGACCAUGUCGCCACUGACUACUGAAGUCAGUGUCAAACUCCCUGAACAGCAGAAACUGCAACAGGAGUUGGCAUCAGAUCUGAGUGAGCACCAGCAGCUGGUGAGACAAAUCUCUCUGAGUGGCCAGCGAUACCAGGAGGCAGGUCACGGCGUGGAUGGAGACAGACUGAAGACACCACCUACAUUGACUGAGGCCCAGCUUCAGCUCCAGUGGGAGAAUCUACAGCGAGACAUCAGCAACAAGAAGAGCAACCUAGAGGAUAUCGUCAGAACCAGGAAACCUGGGGAAAUAGCAACCUAUGGGCUGCAUUCCUUUGGAUCGAGUGCUGAUACAAUCCGGAACCUGAAUGAAGUGCGGCAGAUAAUCGGAGAUCUUGGAGAAUGCUGGGAACAGCUCCAAGACCAGGUGGAACAUCGCCAGUUACGACUGGAGGAUGCACUGUCCUUCCAGCAACAGUUCCUGCAUGCACUACAGAGCAUUUCCUCCUGGCUCGACUUCGCAGAACAGCGAGUGCUGGCACCAGACUCCAGCCAGUCCACAGAGACGCAGCUGAGAGAAAAUGAAGCUCUUCAGCAUGAAAUCAAAGCCUUGCAAGGGGAGAUAACUAAAAUGAGCAAUCAGGCACAGCAGCUGUUGGCAUCAACUAAUCUGCAAAGUCGAGAUCUGAUCCAGCAGACACUGGCCAGUUUGAAUGACAGAGUCAUAAUGCUAGAAGGCCAAGCCCAGUCCCAAGGGGAGGAACUCCGCAAGGUCAACUCUUUGUGGAAACAGUAUCAGGAUGAGGUUCGCAGUUUACACACAGGACUACAGGAAGCUCAGAAGAUGAUAUCAACCCAGCCUCAGUCCUCAUCUCUACCACAGCUCACCACAGAGAUGAAGGUUUUGAAUCCUGAAGUUGUGAGAAUUGAACACCACUUGCACAAUUGUGAAGGACAACUUGAACAUUUGAAGAGACGAGAAUCAGAGUUAACUGCCCAUUAUCCACAAGGCACAGUUCCAUCUGAACUGAACACAUUGCAGACAAACUACAUGGAUCUACAGAGAAAGGUGAUGGACAGGAAAGCCAGCCUACUGCAGUCAACAUCUCAGCAGGAGCAGUACGCUACCUUACUCAAUGACUACACCGAGUUUAUCUUGACCGCUGAGGGCAAAUUACAGACCGACUCUAUCUCCAGCACAGAUCUUGCCCAUCUCAAACAACAGCUCAGUUCACAUAAGGAUUUCUUCAGCGAUCUAGAAGUGCACAAGGCCAUGCUGGACUCCAUGGCUUCCCAGUGUGACCCCACCUCCCAGGAGGACCACCAGGCACAGCACUCACGUCUUAGCAACCAGACCCAUGUUCUAGUCGAUCAGGCCAGUCUUCACGGUCAGCGGCUGGAGCGGCUGGUCCGACAGUGGUCCGAGCUGGACACCAUGUACACUCACCUUCAGCAGGUGUUGUCCAGCAUCGAGCAGCAGAUCCCCAAACCGGUGGCCAGUGGUGACUCCCUGGCGACCAUCCAGGAGAAGCUGACGACGUACCAGCGCCUGCAGAAGCAGCUGGGAGAGGAGAAGGGUGCCGUGUUUGAGGUGGUGGAUCGUGGUAAGCAGAUCCUGCACAGCGUCAACUGUCCCACGCUGGAGGCUUUGGUCACAGACAUGGCCGACAAGUGGGUCGACUUGAACACACGGCUCACACAGGAGCUCAAGAAAAUGGAAACUUUGGGAGAUCAACUGCAGACAUUUGAAGCAGAGGCAACCAUCUUGAAUUCAUGGCUUGCCACAGCAAAGAUGAAACUUGCCAGUAUGAAACAGCUAACAGAAAAAGACCGACAAAGCAUGGCUGCCAUUAGAACCAAAGUGGAGAAACUUUUGGAGUUCCAGAAGGAGGUGGAGAACCAGCUUCCACUGAAGAACAAAGUUAUCACAGUCGGCCGACAGCUCCUCCAGAACAAGAACUACAACACCACGGGUCUGGAUGACCGCCUGGCUCAGUUUGAAGACGAAUGGGAACACCUGCAACACGACAUCAGACAGACCGAGGAGUUCCUACACCAGGCUCAGAUGGACCUGAUGCCAUCGAGGCAGGCGUUGCAUGAGCUGGAGUCCUGGCUGGAGGAGAUCAAGGAGUCUUUACAAGUGGACAGAGAAAAACCAGUCAAAACACUGGCAGAUAUUGAAGUGAUGCUGAAGAAAUAUAAAGGAUACAAAAUUGAGCUGUCCAGUAAACAGAUGACGAUGGACUUUGUAAACCAGUCCAUUCUUCAGCCAAUGCCCCAGGAUCCAACAGAAGACUUUGAGAAGGUUGACUUUGGUGAGAAGCUGGCAGAGUUGAACCGACAGUGGAAGAAAGCAAUGACAGAUGUUGGUGACCGUCUGCACAGUCUAGAACAACUGCAGGCACGCUACGAUGAGUAUGAACAAGCCCUGUUGCAGCUUCAGUCAUGGUUCCAUGAACAAGAAGACAAAAUUAAGAAGUACCAGUUGAUUGGACACGGAGUAGCUGUAAAACAGACGUUGAAGGAAUGUAAAGCGAUGCAGGAGCACAUCAAGAACAAGGAAUCUGACCUGGAAGGUGUGAAGAAACUGGCUGGAGAGCUGAUAGACCUGAGUGCAGAUUCCCCUGGCUGUCAGCGCAGUGUCCGGGAGAGCAUCGAGGACCUGAAUCGCCAGUGGCUCUACCUGGAGGAGCAGCUACUUAACGUGGAUCACCUGCUGCAUGACAUGCUGGGGCAGUGGGAGAGAUACAGCUCCGAGUUGCAGGACAUCAACCAGCUGCUCACACAGACCGAGUACUGUCUCAACCAGUACAGUCUGGUGGGAGGGGACAUCAACACGCUCCGGGCUCAGGCAGACAAACUCAAGAAUCUUGAGUCCGAGCUAGCUCACUACGAGGACCAGCUGGAAUCCUUUGUUGCCCUGGCCAACCAGCUGACACAAGUCUGUGAGGAUCCAGUCCGAACAGAGAUACAGAAAACAGUUGCCGACAUUCAGACAAAGAGGCGGCAGUUGGCUCGUGAGUUGGCUAUUAAACGAAAACAGUUUGAUGACUGUCUGCACCACUGGCAGCUCUAUGAGACUCAGUACAAUGAGAUCCGAGGUUGGCUGGACGGCAAGGAGAGACUCUGUCAAGAUCUUGCAGGAUUGAGGGACGAUCCUAGCAAACAAGGAGAAUGCUUUGAACAGUGCAAGCAACUGCAGAUGGAACUGGACAAUGUCCAGACCCAGGUGUCCGAUCUGUAUCGACUGAGUGACGAGCUUGCCCAACACAUGGACACUUCAACCAUUGCUAUUCUGACCUCACGUCAGACGUUGUUGGAACAGAGACUGAUGAACCUGAGACAGAUGCUGUCCACCCAGUCCGACACCCUCAAACAAGACAUGUCGCAGCUGAGUCACUUCAGUGAGGUGUUCGACUUCAUCAACAACUUCCUCACCUACGCCGAAAACAUCUUGGGAGCUGAAGACCCUAACAAAUCAGCCGAUGAGUCUGACCUCCGCAGCCGCAUGGACCAGCUCAAGGAUCUUCUGAGCCAGUUCAAUACCAACUCAGACAGGUUAGAUGGUCUGAAUGGACUGGGGUACCGACUUGCUCUCUGUGAUGGCGAUGCCAAUAGACUGAGUGAUCUGAAUCAUCGCUGGUACAAUCUGUAUGGCGAGUGUAAAGAGAGGUGUAGGACUCUCCAGGGCAACAUGCUGGUUCAGCAAGACUUCACAGAGAAGUGUGAGUCUUGGAUGACCUUCCUCGCUCAGACGGAACAAGACCUGGCACUGGAGAUUGGAGACAACCUGGCUGAUUUACUUGACCAGCAGAGAAAGUGUGAGAAAUUUGAAUCUGAUAUGUAUGCACGACAGCAAGUUCUACAUGCUAUAAUAAAUGAUGGCCAGCAAAUGUUGAAAACAGGAGAUGUAGAAGAUGAGGAGGAAUUUAAGCAAAAACUUCAGUUAUUGGCUGAACAAUGGCAGAGUGUGUCCAGAAGAGCCAAUCAGAGAAAGGCUAUCAUUGACAAUACCAUUAAACAAUGGAAGAUGUUCAAUUCUCUAAGUGAGCAGCUUCGUGAUUGGCUAAAUAGGCAAGAAAAGGACCUGGAGUCAUAUCAGUUUGAAUCAGCAUCCUUGCAGCAAAUAAGAAACCUUCUUGAGAAAGUUAGGAACACUCAGGGAGAGCUCCGGCUGCAGGAAGACAACCUGAAGAAGGUCCGUGACCUUGGCAACACCUUGCUCCAGCGAGCGGAUGGGGAUGCUGCGGAGGAGCUGAAGGUGUGCCUGGCCCAGCUACAACACAGCUACCUGGAGACCUUCUCCCAGCUGGAGGAGCACCGCGCCCACCUGGAGGAGGUGCUCAAGGAGUGGAAGGAGUGUGAGGAGGACAUUGAGGACAUUCUCGGCUGGCUGAAGGAGACGAGGAAGUCUCUUUCUUCAGAACUUCCAUCGAAGUACGAUGACUUGCAGUCAGACCUCAGCAUCUGCAAGGACAUUAGCACAGCAUUUGCUAACUCUGAAGACCGCCGCCAGACACUGCUGGCUCGUGAGAAAAAACUGAGUCGCUUGAUUCAGUCCGAGGACAUGAACAUUCUCCACCAGAGGAUCCGUUUGCUCAACAAACAGUGGGAUGAACUAUCUAGUCAGUCGGCACUCCGAGACCAGCGAAUCCGUGACUCUGUGUGUCGAUGGUCUGGAUUUGGAGACCAGCUACGGGAGAUCACUGAGUGGAUUGAUGACAUGGAGGUCAAGGUCAUCUCCACAAGAGAAAUGCAUGUAGAGGAUCUACUUGAGAAGCUGGAAACGGAAUACAAGCACGACUUGAUGAUGAAGGAGAGAAUCAAAUCAGAUCUUGUUGAUCAAGGUCAUCGACUCAUGAAGGUCAGUAGCGAGAUUCGAGCCGCAGACAUUGAACACAGACUUCAAAAACUGGAAGACAGAUGGCAGCACCUAAAGGCUGUAGUUAACUUCAGAGAGCGAAAACUGCGUGAGACAGUGUUGGCAGUAAAGCAGCUAGACAUCAGUAUGAGAAACCUGGGCCGGUGGUUAACUGACAUAGAACAGGAGCUGAGUGGGGCCCUCGUGUACCGGGAGUGUGACAUGCAGGAUAUCCAGGCAAAACUUCAACACCAACAGGAAUUGCAGCAAGACAUUGAACAUCAUAGUGCCGGUGUGGCCUCUGUACUGAACCUGUGUGAAGUGCUGCUGCACGACUCAGAUGCCUGCCCAACAGCGGUGGAAUUUAAUGCUCUGCAGAACACCAUGAAAACCCUGGACAGACGAUGGAGAAAUAUCUGUGAACUCUCACCUGACAGGCGAUCAAGGAUCGAGGAGACAUGGGUGUUAUGGGAGUCAUUCCGUGAAAAUUGUAAAACUUUCUCUGACUGGUUGGUGGAUGUGGAGACUGAGAUUGGUGACUGUGAUGUCACAGAUGUAUCGGUGGAAAUGACAAAGGACGAAAUCAGGAAGUAUGAGGGUCUUCAGCGUAACAUCCACGACCACUUGAAUGAGCUGGAGACGAUCAACAAGCAGUACCGCCGCCUGGCCAAGGAGGGCCGCACCGACAGUGCUGGCCGGAUGCGACUGAUGAUGCAGGAGGUGAACGAGCGCUGGGACCACCUCCAGCAGCAGACGUCGGCCAUUAUGAAGUGUCUGCGACACUCGGCCAGCAUCCGCCACGACUUCAACUCGACCCGUGCCGUCCUUAUGAACUGGCUCACUGAGGUCGACAUGCAGCUCACCAACAUUGAACAUCUCUCACACAUGGAUAUCGCAACACGCUUGGCUGAAAUGAAGCGAAUUGAGGAAGAGAUUGACAUGAAGCGUAACAAACUAGCAUACCUGGACGAAUCAGCCAUUUACCUGAUGCAGAAAGGUGAUGCUGAUGAAGUCGUACAGGUCCAGCAGGAACUGGACGAGUUUCGCCAGUACUCCAGACAGGUCCUCGACAGAGUGGCCAUCGUCCAUGCCAAGCUGGAGCUUAUAUCUGCUGGCCAGAUUGAAGACAUUGCCACGUUGGAACGAAGAACACUUGACCAGCCAAACCAGGAAUACUCAAUGGCAUCAGCUGAUGUGAAGCUACGUGAGCUGCGUGAAGCUCGAGCUACCGUCUCGGUUGACUGGGAUGCCAGAGAACUGGAGGCGUAUCUAGAGGCAUCUCCACCGGAAAGUCCUCCACACAAACGACGGGCCCGUCAUCCAAGAGACGUCAUAGACUCAGGAUCACUAAUGCGAGAAGAUCGACAGGCACAGAUUCGGAUGGAGGUUUUCCAGAAGGCCAAGACAGCAAAGGUGGAAGAACUGAUGGAGCGAUUAGUCGAUGCUAUGGAAGAUGCAGCAGCAAAACUCACAGACGCCGAGAGACAGCUACACAGCCAUUCACCGGUACGGGAUGCAAGAUGGGCCACAGAGAACAUACAAUUACAGAUGCAUCAGUGUGAGGCUGCAAUAGAGACAAUGCAAAGAAUAGACCAGUUGCUUAAGGUGGAGACUGGUAUGACCACCAUAGCCAGUGCAGACUCCCAACUCAGAAAUAUCAUGAGACGAUGGGACACAUUGCAAGCCAAAGUCUGUGACAGAGACCAACAGAUGAGCCAGGAGAGACACGACUUUGCCCAGUUUAAGACAGAUCUUGACAACAUGUUGGCCUGGCUCGAUGAAGCUGAGGCUUUGCAGUCUACUCAGGAAUCCAUGUUUGGUGACAUCAGCCAACUCAAUGCAAUCAUUCGACAGUAUAAGGACUUUUUGGUGCAACUGGAAUCCAAGAAAACAAGGGUGCUAUCUAUUAACCUCAUCAGCAAGAACUACAUCAAUACACAAACUGCCGAAGGCCGAGAACUCAAUGAGAGAUUACGACAGAUGAAUCGUAGGUGGGACGCCAUCACACUGCGAGCAUCUGAAAUUCACAAGGAGCUUCAAGGAGCUCUUCUAAGAAGCCAGGAGUUUCACCACACGAUCCAUGACUUGCUGCUGUGGCUGGAGAACAUCGAGACUCAAGUACAGCAGUGUGAACCUAUCAACCUGAACAGCGAGGACGCAGCAUUGUGGGCCAAGUACAGCAAGCUAGUUGACUUAAGAGGAGACCUAGAAAGGAACCAGCCAAAGGUUUUGGCUUUGAAGGAUACCACAGACCAGCUGCUGAAGAACUCCGACUCACAGGAAAUGGUGAACUCCAAGGACAAGAUCCACCUGAUUGCCAACCGCCAGAGAACUUUGCUGCAUCUGUGCUCGUCAUACAUCUCGAGUCUUGAGGACAGAUUAGAUGUGUCGGGACGGAGAAGCGCAACUGUCACACUAGACCGGACUGAUCUGACAUCUGGAUUUGGUGGAGUAGCCCGAAUGUCACGCUCCAGUUCCCCACGAGUUGGACUCUUCCAUCCGGGAUCUUCAUUACGCACCAGAAAUAGAUCACCAUUUGCCAUCUCUCGACAGCUUUUAUUUGGAGAGGCCAGACCCUUGCUGCAGGCCAGCCCCCUGGACAGUGCAAAUUUAACUACAGGACCUAACAUUCGAAGACGGCGGCGGCCAUUACUUAGCCGUGUUCUUCGAGCUGCUCUUCCGUUGCAGCUGUUGUUGUUGCUGUUGUUAGGACUUGCGUGUCUGGUUCCCGUGUGUGAGGACGACUACAGUUGUACGCUAGUGAACAACUUGAGACAUUCACUGUCACCAAUGUUACAGUACAUGGACGGACCCCCACCAGUGUAAACUGAUUCAAAUCAUUUUCAGUCAUAGACCAUUUCACUUCAAAUCAGACCAGUUUGGAAGAUGUAUAAUAACAUGUUUUAAUCCGCCAUUAAGAUGCUGGUGAAAUGUAUUGAUAUGUGUUGACAAAAAAAACACAUUAUAUAUUUGUUUUCAACUUUAAAAAUAUGUAUAUCAUUUUAAACUAAUCCAAUAAGAUUUUUUUCUUAUGGCAAAAAAAUAUGUAUUAUUUUAUCAAAUAACAAGAGACUAGUUGAUAAUUGUACCAGUACAUAUAUGUGUGUAAAAAAAUAUGUAUGUUUUUCAGCUAUAGACCAUUUCAUUUGAAAUCAGUUUAAUUAGAAGGAUAUUUUAUGUGGUAAGAUGUUUUUAUCAGCUAAUAAGACUGUAACUAAUUGUGUGAUAAUGAACAGUGCUACACGGUUUGACCGUCUUCAUCAAACCCCCAAAACAACCAGAAAAUGUACAUUCAUAUACAUAUGUGGCUUACUUCUUUCUAAAUGCUUUGUACAUACAGAAUACAAGCAAUUUUAUAUAAUAUGCAUGCAUUGUAUAUGGGAAACAACAUUUCCAUUUUUAGACAAUGUAUAACAGAAGAACCACCUUACAUUUACAUCUUACAUGUUUAUAAUUGUUACUUGCCGUACAUUUUAUGAUUAGUUUCAUUCAGAUAAUAUUUUAUUACUACAACAAUUUGUACAUUUUGUUGACCAGUACAUUAUGAGAGAAAUCAAAUAUAUUGUACUGUGAACCACUUUCAAAAUAUAUUGUGUGUAUCAUAAUAUCUCGUAUAUGGGUGCUGCCUGUUUUAGUACUAGACUGACAUAUGAAAUAUAUCAGCUUUAGAGUACACUAACUUGUAUAUGAAAUGUAUCAGUUUGUGAGUAGUCUAGUGAAUGUAGUUUAAUACAGAUCUGCUUGACCCCACCUGUGAUAAUCUAUAAUGGCAGCACACUGGUAAUGUAUUGCACUUCAUAAUGCUUGAGUUCUGUAAUUACGAACAUGUAUUUAGAGAAUUGUUUUGUGUAUUCUACCUCCUGUAUAUCGGUGUGUAUGAACUUUGUAAUCAGAUACAAUUUUAACUUCAAUCAUGCUUAUUCUUUCAUAACAUUGUGCAUGUAUUAUUACUGACUGAAGAAAAAAAAACUAAAUGUUUUUUUCUUUCAUUAUAAUGGUUUUGUAUAUUACAUAUAUGACUGUACAUUAUUUAGAGACUUUAUAUGUGUUGUAUUUAUUAACUGCAUUGUUCAUUUGUAACAACUGCCAUAUCAUGUGGGCUCUUUGCCAAACAGUAAUAUCUUUUUCUCAUUGAAUGACUAAGUGCUUAAUGACUGUGAUAAUAAAGCAUACUAUUUUAUAA